AGGGGCGCUGAGGAGCCACCGUGCGCUGCCCAGCCACCGAUGCCAAGGGGACUCCGGGGAACGUGUCCAGAGCUGGCAGGGAUCCUGGAAAUAACCUCGGGGUUGCUGGGAACCCCUCUGGGGAACUGAGACGGAAGUGCAGGCAGGUCACAGCGCUGUUGCCCCUUCCCCUUUCAAGACUGACGUGUUUGGGGGACACUCCGCAGAGGCCAGGGCUCGUGGCGGCUGUGGGGGCUCUCCAGGGUUGCAGAUCAGGGGCUCUUAAAAGCUAAGUAAAAAAAACCCAAAACCAACUCUCUGAGCUGCUAUCGGAAAGAAGAAGUGAAACCUGAAACUCUUGCUGGGGGGCUGCACAGGCGCUCCGCUCCCCUUCCCCGGACCGCGGCCGAACCCUGCCCCUGCUCCUGCCCGUGGCCGUGACUCGGGCCGGGGGUUCCCGGCUGUGGCAGCCCCUGCCCGCAGGCCGGGCGGGAGCGGGAGCCCGGGGGGGCCGUCAGGGAGCUGUCCCCAGCCGGGGCCGGCGGGGAAGCCCCGGGGCGGGCGGCCCAACGCCCCUUCCUGGGCGGGAACGGACCAGAGGCGCUCUUAGGAGGGCGGCGGCGGCGGCGGCGGCGGCAGCGGCAGCGGCCGGGGCACAGCGCCAUGGACCGGCUGGGGCUUUUGGGACUGCUGUGCGCGGCACUGCUGGGCUGCUGGGAGCCUGGUGAUGCCUUAAGAUGCUUUGAUAAGCAGUAUAUAUACAAGGGCAGAUGCUGCAACCGGUGUCAGCCAGGGCAAAAGCUGGUGUCUGAGUGCAAUGAAACAGAAGAUUCUGUCUGUGCCCCCUGUGAGACAGGGCAGUAUCAGCCAAGCUGGACCAAGGAGAAGCAUUGUGCUCCUCAUGAUAUCUGUGAAGGCAAUGCAGGCCUCGUUGUGAAAGUGCAAGGAAAUGCAACGCACAACACAGUGUGCCAGUGCCAGGCUGGCACGCACUGUUCUGACAUCAGCUGCCAGACCUGCGUGGAGAACCAGCCGUGCCAGCUUGGCUCUGGCUUUGUGGCAGCCAAGGCCAUGGAGCGGAUGUCAUCCCCCUGUGAACCCUGUACAGAAGGCACCUUCUCCAACGUCUCUUCUAAAACCGAGCCGUGCCACCCCUGGACAAGUUGUGAGGAAAAGGGGCUGGUGGUGAAGGUGAAAGGGACGAACUCCUCGGAUGUGAUCUGUGAGCCGAGCAGGCGCUCCUCGCUGUCAGUGCUGAUCCCCAUCACGGCUGCGGUUGUCACGUGCCUCGUUGGUGUCUGCAUCUACUGCCUGGUCCACACAGAUUCCAGGCGCUGGGUGCCGAAGGAGAUAGAGGCUGGGGAGCCCGGAGAGAACCCAGAUACCCAGCAGCCCAUGGAGCAGGAUGAGAAUGUCUUGCCUGUGCAGGAGACCCUGCUCGGGGGCCAGCCUGUGGCCCAGGAGGAUGGCAAGGAGAGCCGCAUCUCGGAACAGGAGGUGCUGUGAAGGUGCAGGGCACUGCCAGUGGCUGGAGCACAGACUGGGGACCAGCACCAUCUCCUCUGUCCCCUCUCCAGCUGGGGAGGAAAUCUGGCAUCUGGCCUGGCUGCAAAUGAUGCAAUGCUGCAGUGGACCAUGGCACAACCACCCCACGGGAACACCACUACAGCUGCUGGUCUGGUCACCUGCACAGGGCUGCCCUGGUGGAGCAAGGCUUGGCUGCUUGCAUGGGGACAUGGAAUAGAGCCCCAUCCUGCUUCCUGCCCAGGUGAUGCAAUGAAGCCCAGCCUGGCCCCUGGACACAGCGGAGUGUCACUGCUGACAGGAAGACCCCAGCACAGAGCCCGGUCUCCCUGAGUGCUGGAGAAGCCAGGGCCGGCAAAGGGGACAAAAAGUGUGAGAUCAGCACGGCAGAGCUCAAUCCCCUGUCUGGGGUGCUGUGGGGUGCUGGAGCAGGGCUCGGUGGGUGCUGGAAUCCGGUCAGGGCACCCCGGCCCCUCCGUGCCGCCCACCGCUUGCUCGCCGUGGGCCGAACAAAGGCAAGACCGGCUGUGCCAGGGGCCGGAGCGCAGACACCGGCGUGCGGCGGCCGGGAGAUGGUGCUGCGGGACCGGCGCGGGCUGUGCGGGGCGGCACCGGCACCGACACCGACACCGCCCGCCCCCGUCCCGGGUGGGCACAGGGGGUUCUCUCUGGCCACGGGGUUGCCCAGCGCGGGGUCCCCUCCCGCGGCUCCCCCGCCCGUCCAUGCGGGAGCGGCCGCGCUCCAUCUCCCUCCACCCACUGCUAAGGAAACCGUGUGAUUAAACGUAAUUAUCUGCCUCCCGUGCGUGAGCAGCCCCGAGCCACCGGGACCGGCGCUCCCAGCUCUGAUGUUCCGGGAAGGAUGCUUUGGGAAUGGGCGGGUGCUCCCAAGGCAGAUUCCCACCAGAAGAGGGAAGGAAGAGCUGCCACCAGCUGUGCUGACCCCCACCGUGCCCCCAAGCCCUCCCCAGCUCACCCUGGCUGGCCCCACUCCCCUGCAAGCGCAUCCCCUGUGGCUGCCCUCACUGCCCCCAGCACAGCCAUGCCCAGCCCGUGUCCCACGCCAGAGGAGACAGAGGAUGCGGGCUGGGCAUACAGCUCUGUGCCCCUGGCCUCAGUGCUCUGGCGGUAAAAUGCACAAUUAGGGUCUAUCGCGCUGCAGGGCAGCACUGGGGGGUGCUGUGGUGUAGCAGCAGAGUCACCACGGGCUCCCUAAGCACUGGCGUGGGGCUGCAGUGGCACUGAGCCCACUGCAGGCUUUAGGUACUGGGAGCAGCCUCAGCCUGUGACCCACCACUGCCUGAACACAGGCAGCAAGGCAUGAGAAAGGCCAUAAAUCCCAGAGCAGGAGCAGCUGGACCGUAGAGCAACUUUGCCUGUAAAGGCAGUGGCACAUUAUUUAAGGCUCCUAUUAAAACCUAAUGUUAGGUUUAAUACGGGAGAUAAAAACAUGGCAGCAGGUUUCCCUCCUCUCAGGGCUUGGCACUCCAGCAGCGCUGGUGGGAUGGUCUCGGGCUGGGCAACAUUCCCUUGGCACCAGCCCAGAGAACAGCCAGUUCUGGGGACAGAUGUGAUCCUGGUCCUGCUGGAGGAGAAGGUAUUAUGUGGGUCACAGAUGCAAAGUCUCUGGCUCCGAACAUGAAGCCUUUGGCCCCAGAGUGUUUCCAAAGGGCUGUCUCCCCAGGUGGCAGGCUGAGCUCUCUGGGGCCACCUCCCUGCAUUCCCUGAGGCUGACCCUUCCCUGCUGGCAUGCAGCAUGUUCAGUGCCCACUCCCCGUGUCAGAUGUACCAUCUCAUUAGCACGGCUGUCCCCCAAAGUGAGGAGGGAGAGCAUGUGAGGCCUAAUUGAAUGUAACUAAUUAUUCACUCUGCAAAUGCUCUGUUUAAAUGGGAUUGUGAGGGACAGAAUUACUCAUUCUGAAAAGGGGAGAGAAAGAGAGAAAGACAGAGAUAAAACAAAUAGAGGCGGAUGCUGGAGCUGCAGCUCACUCUCUCUCCAGAAUACCAAUUACCGGAUGAAGUGAUUGUAUAAAUCUUUACCAAGUGAACGGACUGUACUAGUCACUUACUCCUGUCCUCCUAUUAUGAGGAAGCAAUGAAAAAUCAUCCCACUCUCCAGUCCA